GUAAUUGUGUCACGAAAAGAAAAAAAAAAUGUUUGACUUUGAAGCUAGGCUCCCGAAAUCGAGUUCAAGAAAUGCCUCUGUUCUUCAACAGUGCUGAUAGCAGCAACCGAAGGCGGGCGAAUACCGAAAAUGCCUUCUGGGAGUAAAUAAGCAAUCAUGGAUGCAUCAACAGCCUUCCAAUUCCUAGCGAAAAGGCCUUACCAGCCUCCCUCCUGGGCUUCGCAGCUCAGCCCCAUUCCCUCCCAUGUCUUCUCCCUCGGACACCUUCCUACUCCAAUUCAUAAAUGGAACCUGCCCAAUCUGCCUAAGAACACUGAGGUCUGGUUGAAGCGUGAUGACCUUUCAGGAAUGCAAUUGAGUGGUAACAAGGUGAGAAAAUUGGAAUUCUUGUUUGCAGAUGCUGUGGCACAAGGAGCAGACUGUAUUGUCACCAUUGGUGGCAUUCAAAGUAAUCAUUGUCGUGCUACUGCUGUAGCUGCCAAGUAUCUGAAUCUUGACACUUAUCUCAUACUGCGAACUUCAAAGGUUCUUGCGGAUGAAGAUCCUGGAUUGACGGGGAAUCUCCUUGUUGAGCGUUUAGUUGGAGCUCACAUUCAUCUUGUUUCAAAAGAAGAGUAUGCUAAAAUUGGAAGUGUGGCUCUUAGUAUGAUAUUGAAAGAAAAGUUAGUGCGUGAAGGGAGAAAACCAUAUGUCAUACCUGUUGGUGGAUCCAAUUCGCUAGGAACUUGGGGCUAUAUUGAAGCUAUUAGAGAGAUUGAACAUCAGAUUCAACAUGCAACUCUUGAACAAAAAUUUGAUGACAUAGUUGUAGCAUGUGGCAGUGGGGGUACAGUUGCUGGAUUAUCAAUUGGGUCGUGGCUUAGUAGCUUGAAGGCAAAGGUUAAUGCAUUCUGUGUCUGUGAUGAUCCUGAGUACUUCUACAAAUAUGUUCAAUUCCUGCUCGAUGGACUCGAUGCAAGGAUUAGCUCAUCUGAUAUUGUCAGCAUCCAAAAUGCCAAAGGUCUUGGAUAUGCUAUGAACACAAGUGAGGAACUCAAGUUCGUCAAAGAAAUUGCUGAAACCACUGGUGUAGUUCUUGACCCCGUUUAUAGCGGGAAAGCGGCAUUUGGGAUGCUCAAAGAUAUGGGUGAGAAUCCAAAAAAGUGGGAAGGGAGAAAGGUUCUUUUCAUACAUACAGGUGGACUGCUAGGUUUGUUUGACAAAUCAGAGGAAAUGGCAUCACUUAUGGGCAAUUGGUGCAAAAUGGAUGUCAAUGUAUAAAUUUCUCAUCACUAGUCAGUACGACGGCACUGCUUAAAAGUUCUAAAAUUAUCUGCCUGCCUGUGAUUGCUCUUUUCCUAAUAAUGUCAUUUUCAUUUACAAUAUGUGCUUUUGCUUGUAUUAUUGUAAGCCUGUAAUUAUAUUAACAACUUCCAUAAAUAAUGAGUGAAUUUUUAGUUGAAAGAGUGUCAAAAAUAAUACUAAUGAGUUUUGAAUUGACAAAAAUGAGACCAAGAAUAGAUCCUGAC